GGCACAGUUUUUACUCAGCAAAUUAUCUUUUCAACACCUGUUCGUCUUGCUCGUCUUGCUCAUCGUGUCAAGGCUUUACAAAAACUUUCAUUUAUAAUUGAACUGAUCUAUAUAUCAAAGUUUUUAUCAAUUGGUAUAAUGAAUUUCCUUGAUGACACGAUCAAGGCUUUAGUGCUCGUAUUGGAAUAUACA